AUGACCGUGUACAGUUCAGAUGCCGCUGCUUUGGAGGCAGCAGGAAAGAAGCAGGUGUUGAAGCGAGAAUGGAACUUCUGGGCCUUGCUGGGUAUGUCAGCAUGCACUCUAUGCACAUGGGAGGCUACGAGUGCUCUGUUUGCUGGUGCUUACAGCAAUGGCGGUCCUGCCUCUGUUGUAUAUGGAUUUAUCGUGUCUGUGCUGGGGACGCUGUGCAUCGCAGGUUCUUUCGCCGAGAUGGCUUCGAUCUCGCCAAUUGCGGGAGCGCAGUACCACUGGAGUGCUGAGCAUUCGCCUGUCAGAUGGCGCGCCAUCAUUAGCUAUGUGCAAGGCUGGGUUACUAUUACCGGAUGGGUCGCAGCUGUGGCAUCAGUCUGUUUCUUGAUUGCGACCAUGAUUCAAGGCGUCGCGGUUCUCAACUACUCCGGCUACGAAGCGAAGCGGUGGCAUGCAACACUGAUGAUGAUCGGAUUUGCUGGAAUUGCCGCACUUGGAAACACCUACGGCAAGAAAUUUCUGCCCCUUUGGGAGACCUUGGGAGGGUUUCUACACGUGCUAUUCUUCUUCAUUGUCUUUAUUGCCAUUCUAGCCACAAGCACCAAGGCCAGCAACAAGGAUGUUUGGGGUACAUUCAUAAACGCCGGCGGCUGGAGCAGCGAUGGUGUCAGCUUUUGCAUUGGGUUCCUCACACCCGCAUUCGCACUUGCGGGUGUGGAUGCGGUCGUCCACAUGAGCGAAGAAGCAUACAAUGCUCCCCUCAAUAUUCCUCGUGCGAUGAUCUGGUCAGUCACAAUCAAUGGCUUGGCUGGCUUCGUAUAUAUCAUCACCAUCCUUUACGCCAUCACCGAUACCGAUGCGGUUUUUGCAACCCCUACUGGAUACCCUAUCAUCGCCGUUUUCCUGCAAGCCACCAACAACCAGAAGGCUGCGACCGCAAUGAUAACCGCCGUCAUCAUUGUCUUCACUAUGAACCUCUUUGGGUGCACAGCAUCAGUUUCCCGACUUAUCUGGGCCUUUGCGAGAGAUCAUGGUCUUCCAUUUUCGGGCUUCUUCUCGCACAUCACACCUUGGAACAAAUGCCCGACCAACGCUGUCGUCUCAAUUUUUGUCUCGGUCUCCCUUCUCUCUCUCAUCAACAUUGGAUCUACAACUGCUUUCAAUGCCCUAAUCUCUUUGACGACGCUGGGCUUUUACUUCUCGUAUGCGAUCCCGACCGUCAUGUUCGCUCUUCGUCGUUACAACACAUCCAACCCCAUCAGUUUUGGGCCUUGGACGAUGGGGAAGUUCGGUCUGGCCAUCAAUGUCCUUGCGGUCGCAUUCUGCAUUUUCCUCAUCAUUUUCUUGCCCUUCCCGCCUUAUCUUCCAGUCACCGGACCGAAUAUGAACUAUGCCUCUCCUGUAUUCGGAUUCGUCAUGAUUUGCGCAACUCUCAACUACGUCCUACGAGCUCGCAAGAAGUUUACUGGUCCUAUCAAGGAAGUCAGCAGCGAGACCAGCAGUGAGGAGGUUGUUCAUGAGUCUGUCAUUCCGGAAAAGCAGACUGCAAGCUCGGAGUCUUCUUGA